AGUAUCUUGCUGUUUGUUUUGCAGAUAAUGAGAAGUCUUGUGGCUAUACUUUUGUUCCUUUGUUUUGUGAAAAGUUUACGUCUGCUGCGAUUUAACAAACAGUUUGUGGUGUUUGGAGAAGUGUACAGGAAAGCCAGGCGUGAAAUGAUCAUAUUCUUUGCAAUGUUUUGUGUAAUUCUGGCUGCGUAUACAAGUAUGGGUCACAUUCUCUUUGGUACCUUGGUGAUGACCUUCCGUGACAUUUGGAGCAGUCUUCUGGGGGUUACAGCUUUACUCUCAGGGAGCUACCAUUUCCCAGAAUUCCAGGGUGAAGGACAAACUGUUACAGCAAAUUUGUACACAUUUACCUUCAUUGUGUUUGGAUUAGGACUUCUUACAUCAUAUAUGGUUGCCGUACUUUCACAUUACUUCAAGACCCGGAAGCGACGACGUCUGCUUGCCAUGAGCGGACAGGAAGCCAUUUUGUUUUACUGGAACCAGUUUCAACUGUGGACUGGUUUACAGAAACCAGUUAUAGAAGAGGAACCAGUCAUUAUCUUGCCACCUGAAUUCACGAUGGCAGAGAUAGAGUACCAGGUUGACGAGCUACUGUUCCGCAUGAAUGCACUGACUGGGUCACAUGGUCUACCGGAGAAACCACCAUGUUAUCUCACCGACUCAGAUUGUACUUAUGGCGGUGGUGAUGACGGGAUUUCUAGCGCUGGCUCUGAGGCUGGACCCGGCUACAUAGAUGAUCGUUUAGAACAACGUGUACAGAAGAUAGAGGACAACCUGUGCUCCCAGGAACCAUUUGUAGCCCAGCUUCUUAAGUUUGAUAGUCUAGGUGCCGAGGACCUGUCACAUGAGAGGGAAAAACAAUUAAGGUAUAACAAUUUUUACUCUCAUAAUUUUUAGUCUUUUGAUACAUGU